AUGGACAAAGGCAAGAACGUCCAGACGGAGCUCACUAAGGAGGAAUUGCGAAGAAAGAUCGAGCGAGUCACUCGAGAGAUUCAGAAGGUUAAAGAGGAAGGGCUCAAAGUAGACAUGACCACGGCGAUCUACAAAGCUGCGGUCACGACCUUGGAUGAAGAUCUGGCGUCGCAGAUAAAGAGAAAGAAGGAGGUUGAGAUGGAAACCGAAAGCCUAAGGAAAAGGUUGAACUUGCUUCGUUUGGAGAUACACGAAGGAAAGGCGAGAGAGGCGAAGAUAGAUAUCGAGACUGCUGUGUUGUUGGCCAGAAGCGCGGCGCUCGACGAGGAAUCGGCGACCCAUAGCAACCUAAAGGGCGGAAAAUACCUCGCCCUAUUGCUGAAUACUUCCAAUAAACUUGAAAGUCAAAAGCUAGAAAGGCUAGAAGAAAAUAACAUCAUGUUGAUGGGUUCACAAAAAGUUGGUAAUAGGUUGGAGAAGUAUGUGGGUGAUCAUGGAUCAACCUGUAAUUCUACAGCUAUUACACAAGCUAAUCAUGGUUCUAGUCCCCUUAUUCCAACAGGUUUUAUGAUAUGGAGUUCAACAAAUGUGGUACUAAAUGUAGCUGGUGAAGAUGCACAUAUUUGUGUGUGUUGUCUUAAGAAGCCAGGGCUAUUUACCACCAUUUGUUAUGUUUUGGAGAAACAUAAGAUUGACAUUGUGUCUGUUCGAAUUUCAUCUGACCAAUUCAGAAGCAUGUUCAUGAUCCAAGCUCACGCUAAAGAUGGAAGUGGGGUUGCUCAAUUCUCCGAAGCAUUCACCGUGGAAGACAUGUACAAGCAAGCUGCAAAUGAGAUAAUGUUGAUGACAACCCCUAGAUGA